CAGCGUUACUAAAGCUGGUAAAUGCGCUUUCAUUCUCUCUUCGUUGCCGACAGAAGCGAGGAGGAGCGGAAAGGAGAAAAGAAGGGAAGAGGCGAGAGUUAUUCUUCCUCCUCUGCCUCCCAAGAUCCAGAUGGGGUGGGGGUGGCUCGGAUAUCGGGAUCUCCACCAGGGUGAAAAGCGGUGGAGUAAACGGCGGCAGCCGGUGAGAUCUUGACGCCGGCUUGUGGAUUCGAGAUCCGUCCCUUGGUGGAGUUUGGCGAGCUUAUUUUCUUGCAUCGAAUAAGUCGGUGGAAGAGGAGGCCAUGGCGAGCUGGAGGUACAAGGCCGGUUUGUUUCUCAUCCUGGCGGUGGUCGUCAUUUGGGUCACCUCCGCCGAAGUCACGCAGGGUAUAUUUACAGACUACAAACAACCAUUUGCUGUCACUUACUUGGGAGCCUCCCUUAUGGUUGUUUACCUACCAGUAGCUUUCAUCAAAGAUUGGAUAUGUAAUUUACUGAGAAAACAUUCUUCUAGAAGUGGUAGAAGUACACAAAUUGUCAGCAAACAAUCAUCUGGAUCUCCUCUAAAGAAUAGUGGGAUUCAGAAGAUGGUGGAAAUGGAAUCACAAUCCCUUUUAACUAGAAAAGAUAGCGAAGUUGACCUUUCUGCACAAGAAGAGGAACAAUCAUUCAUUUCUGAGAUCAGAGAUGAAGUUGGUGCUGAAGUUCUGAAGGAAAGAAGAUCAUUCACUACUAAGGAGGUCAUAAUAUAUGGAUUUUAUCUUGCCCCUAUUUGGUUCGUGACAGAGUAUUUAUCAAAUGCAGCACUUGCAAGAACCAGUGUGGCAAGUACCACUGUGUUAUCUUCAACUUCAGGGCUCUUUACUCUUUUUGUUGGUGUACUUCUGCGGCAAGACUCCUUAAACAUGGCCAAAGUGGUUGCUGUUUUCGUUAGCAUGGCUGGCGUUGUGAUGACUACUCUUGGCAAGACUUGGGCAGCAGAUGAGUCACAAAUGAGCACCACUAGUAAUGGGAAGCGAUCGCUUGCAGGGGAUCUAUUCGGUCUUCUUUCAGCGAUGACAUAUGGUCUCUUUACUGUGCUUCUCAAAAAGUUUGCAGGAGAGGAAGGGGAAGGAGUUGAUGUUCAAAAGCUGUUUGGAUAUGUUGGACUGUUUACACUUGUAGCUUUGUGGUGGCUUGUGUGGCCGUUGACUGCAUUAGGGAUCGAACCCAAGUUUACGAUACCUCACUCUGCUAAAAUGGAAGAAGUAGUGCUUGCUAAUGGCUUUGUAGGAAGUGUACUCUCGGACUACUUCUGGGCAUUGUGUGUUGUUUGGACCACACCUUUGGUAGCGACCUUAGGCAUGUCGCUUACAAUACCACUUGCCAUGGUAGCUGAUAUGGUCAUUCAUGGUCGACACUAUUCAGCAGUCUAUAUCCUUGGCUCAGCUCAGGUAUUUGGUGGGUUUGUAAUAGCUACUUUAUCAGAUCGAUUAUCCCGAUUUUUGGGUUUCUAGCAUCGUCAAACGUAUUGCAACACCAUGAUUCUUUACUCGAGAACUCUUUAUGUUCGUAUUGGAAAUUGAAGUGAUUCCAGACUACCCUCACAAAUAUGUCGAGCAUCACACAAGAAUAUCUAACUAUUGUAUGAUUGAAUUUGUUGGUAUAGGUAGGAUUAAUUGCUGCCAUUUCUUUAUAUUCACAUCUAUCGUUAACUAUUUUGCCAAGUGUAUAUAGAUUUUCAGAUACCAUCUUCAUCCUGCAAUUAUUCGAAAGUGUUGUGUUCGCAACAACAGUCGGUAAAUGACUGAUUCGACUCUCAGGAAUUUUAAAUUACCAGCGUGUGUCACAUUUACAUGUCA